CUCUGUUCAUUCACACUCAAUGCUGUUCAACCAUGGAGCUCAAAGCAACGUCUGUGCUGCUGCUCGUCUGCAUCACCUUCAUCAUCCUCACCAGCACUGAAGUGGAUGCCGUUCCCAGUUGUUGUCUGAAAGUUUCAAAGCGCAUCCGUAAAGACCAGAUCCGUUUGGCUUACAAACAUGAGAUCCAGCACAGAUCUGGUGUCUGUGACAUCGAUGCCGUGAUAUUAUACGUCGGAAAGAAGCGAAUCUGUGCUGAUCCCAGAGUCUUGAUUCACAUGGGGAUACCCAAGAGGAGUCACAAACCCAAACGGAUUUAAGCAAAGACUGAAUAAACAUCAUCAUCUGUCUUAUAAUGCAUGAAUACCGGCAGUUUCAGUACUUAUAGAUUGCAUGUUUUAAAAGUCCUUUUUUAUCUCUAAAAUGUAUUGUAUAUAAUCUUUGUAUGCUCUGCUUUUUAAUGCAAUAAAAUGUAUUUUUCGA